GUCGACAUUACCAAGACACUUUCAAUCGCAACUCGCUUUCCCUCCAAAUCUCAUCAUGCUUCCCAACAAGCUGAAUCCGUUCAUCUCCCCUUCCCUCAGCACCAGACUUUUCAAUUAUUUCCACAUCAGAUCCCUCUGAUUUACAUCCGCCAGUCCAUCUUCAUCACUUUUAGCCAAAGCCGCCACCUUCGCUUUCCGCCAUGCGAAAUCUACCUUACUCACUUACGUGGCCGGGCUCGCCAGCUUUCAUGCUUCUUCAUCUUCCCAAAUGCACUCUCGAUGAAAUAUUGGUACAUUGGCACCUGGAUAGGAGCAUCUCUCAACCUUCCGAGAUCAUAAAUCCCUUCAACACCUAACACACCGGCAGGACGACCAAGUUCAGAGCUAUCGGUUAGCUGAAAUGUGAGAUUGGCACCGCAGCUAUACCCAACCAGAACAUACUUCUCGCCAAAUUCGCAGGUCUUCUAUAAACAAUACAGAGAAGUGAAGACGACGUUCAUGUGAGUGGGAUGUUUGACGUUGCGUGCUGGAUUAUCGGGCUGUGUGAACUGUUGAAAUUGUGGCAGGGGAGGCGGCAUUGAAAGUCUGUAGUUGAGAGAUGCGAAACCAGCUAUGUUGGAAAGCGGGCUGGGCGACGUGAGGAAGCUGUGGAUUUGUGAGCGCGAAAGACGAGGCAGUGAUUAUCGGUCUCCAUAAUGCUCCUCCAUGAAUGUAUCGG